AUUCUCUAACCAUGGCACAGGUAGAGAAACGAGGGGGUUUGCUCCGGAAAUCUUCAGCCUCCAAAAAACCACUGAAGGAAAAAGUGGUGCUGAUGUAUGAUGAAAUCUUUAUGACAGAGGAUCCCAGUAAGUACAGUCCUCGGUUUUGGGAGGAGCUCUUUCUCAUGAAGGUGAAUUUGGAGUACCUGGAAGGCAAGUUGGAAUCUCUUGAUGGUGAGGAGUUAAUGAAGAUCAAGGACAAUGUUAAUUGCUUAUUCCAACACUGCAUCCAGGCUCUGGGAGAGGAGCAUCCAAUUCGAGUUGUCAAUGCGUUGCAGACCCUGUGUGCACUCAUUCGAGGAGUCCACCAAAAGAAUAAACCGACCUCUGGGUUUGACAUCAUCAACAUGCUGAUGGGCUUUGACAAGGCCGAGCUGUGCAUGAAGAACUUGAUGGAGAGUUUGGAUUCAUUGCUUUGUGCAGAAGGUUCUGAGAGUCUGAAGAGUUUAUGUCUGAAGCUUCUCCUUUGCUUAGUGACUGUGACAGAUAACAUCAGCCAGAAUACUAUCCUGGAGUAUGUAAUGAUCAACAGCAUAUUUGAAGCGAUUUUGCAGAUACUCUCCCAUCCCCCAAGUCGUAGGGAGCAUGGACAUGAUGCUGUUGUUCUCUUGGCUUUGCUGGUGAACUACAGAAAAUAUGAGUCUGUGAAUCCUUAUAUUGUGAAGCUGUCUAUCGUGGAUGAUGAGGCCACACUCAAUGGAAUGGGGCUUGUAAUCGCUCAGGCUUUAUCUGAGUACAACAGGCAAUAUAAAGACAAGGAAGAGGAACACCAGAGUGGUUUUUUCUCUGCUUUAACAAAUAUGGUGGGCAGCAUGUUCAUAGCAGAUGCCCAUGAGAAAAUCUCAGUACAAACCAAUGAGGCCAUUCUCCUGGCACUUUAUGAAGCUGUUCAUUUAAAUCGCAACUUCAUCACAGUGUUAGCUCAGAGUCAUCCAGAAAUGGGCUUGGUGACAACCCCUGUCAAUCCUGCUCCAACAACCCCAGCCACACCACUUGGGACCACGCCACCCUCUUCUGAUGUGAUAAGUUCUGUGGAACUCCCACUGGAUGCAGAUGUACAGACCAGUAAUCUACUGAUAACCUUCUUGAAGUAUAGCUCAAUUGUCAUGCAGGACACCAAAGAUGAACACAGGCUUCACAGUGGCAAACUCUGUCUGAUUAUCCUUACCUGUAUUGCAGAGGAUCAGUAUGCAAAUGCAUUUUUGCAUGACGACAACAUGAAUUUUCGUGUAAACUUACAUAGAAUGCCUAUGAGACACAGGAAGAAGGCAGCAGACAAGAACCUUCCCUGCCGUCCUUUAGUAUGCGCUGUAUUGGACCUAAUGGUAGAGUUUAUUGUUACACACAUGAUGAAGGAGUUUCCUAUGGAUCUCUAUGUGCGCUGCAUUCAGGUAGUUCAUAAACUACUUUGCUACCAGAAGAAGUGUCGAGUGCGCCUGCAUUACACAUGGCGGGAGCUCUGGUCAGCCUUGAUAAAUUUGCUGAAGUUCCUUAUGUCAAAUGAGACUGUACUUCUGGCCAAACACAACAUUUUUACAUUAGCCCUCAUGAUUGUGAACCUAUUUAAUAUGUUUAUCACAUAUGGUGACACAUUCCUGCCAACCCCCAGCAGCUAUGAUGAACUUUACUAUGAGAUUAUCCGCAUGCACCAGAGCUUUGACAACCUCUACUCUAUGGUCCUGAGGCUUUCGACCAAUGCCGGCCAGUGGAAAGAUGCAGCCAGCAAGGUGACCCAUGCGCUAGUUAAUAUCAGAGCCAUCAUCAACCACUUUAACCCCAAAAUUGAAUCCUAUGCUGCUGUGAAUCACAUAUCCCAACUGUCGGAGGAGCAGGUGCUGGAGGUGGUGCGAGCCAACUAUGACACGCUUACGCUGAAGCUGCAGGAUGGCCUGGACCAGUAUGAGCGCUACUCGGAGCAGCACAAGGAAGCUGCCUUCUUCAAGGAGCUGGUCCGAUCCAUUAGCACUAACGUCCGGAGAAACCUGGCCUUCCACACGCUCAGCCAGGAAGUCCUGCUCAAGGAGUUCUCCACCAUUUCCUGAGGCCACGCCUGCCGAGUUACCACUGCCUGCCCUCACCCAUGGGCUCCUGGCUGGAGGGGGAGCCGGGGAGAGGGGCUGCCCCAAGGUUGGAGAGAAACGCAGACACCAAGUUCCCUUGGUGAAGGCCACACUCCAGCAGAGCUUGGACGGUGAGGCAGGAAGGGCAGGCCAGGACGAGCUUACUUGGGAGGAGGGGUGGGCACAGUGGGGAGAGGCCUCCAGGGGUGUUUGGCUUCCAGGUGGGCUCCUGAAACAGCCCUCACAUUUCCAGUCGGGAUUACGAGUGGUGGCUGCUGACUGAUUUCCAGGAGUUGGCAGGCAAGCCUCUGGGUGCUGGGCUGAGAACAGAUCAACUCUCAGAGGCAGCUGGAGCCAUGUUCUUCUGCCUCUGGGCCUGUGGCUGUGCCCUACUGGCACUCUGUCCUAUCAUUAUGGCCCUUGACUCAGGCUUCAGGAAGGGCAGGAAUGGGGGCCCUGUCUUCUGUUUUCUAAAUUCAGAGCUGACACCUCUGGGAAAUGGGAUGAGAAUCCGCCCAGUGCCCUGCCACGGCCACCACUCUCUGAAGUUUCGCUUUGGCACCAGGAGGGCCUGUUAGCGCUCUCUCCUCCAGCACAGUAGAGUCACAGCCUUAGCUUUCAUUUUUAAUCUGGUUUAAGCUGUCUUUAGGGUGUGUGUGAAAUAAACAUGGCCGGCUUUCUGGAGCCCUGGAGGUGCCUACUUUGUCGGUCCCCUCGCCAGCAGCUCCCCGCCUCCCCAGCCCCUCCUCCAGGAGCCUUCCUUGAGCUCCCUCCAUGGUCCGCCCCCUCGCCCUGCUGUUGUUUACAUCCAACCUGCCUGAGAAUUUCCUCUAGGGAGGAGUCUGUUCCUGCUGUGGUCUGGUGCCUGGGAGAGAGAGAACCUGCUGGGCAGGGUGCCCGCCAUCAGAAGGGCCAGGCGAAUGCCAUGUGGGGGCCUCCACUGUCUCCACCGUGUUCGGGGUGGGCCACAGACCUCCUGUCCUUGGGAAGGUGGCUUGAGGUUCCUCCUCUGAAAAGCAGCUGCCUGGAGACCCUCUUGGCCUGGCGUGGGGGGGAAGCAGCUCCAGAAGAACCCAGGAGUAAAUGAGGGACCAGCCUGGAGCACAGGUCUGGGACCCCACCCCCCACCCCAGCUGCUGUCCAUGGACCCUCGGAUCUCUUUGGGACAUUUGCCCUCCCUGAAACCAGAGUUCUGGCUCCAACGCUGUGCAGAUCUGCACUCAUUCCCAGGACCACUAACAGGCUGCCAUGUGUCGAUGUAGGUUCCUAAGGGGUCCAGGCUGGAUCAUCUCUGAUCACUCCAGGAUUGCUCAGCCUGGUGCAUCUAGGGUUUUCCACGGUGGUCAACCCCAGAGCAGCUGGAUCUGGAGCUGGUGACAAGGUGAAGUUAUUAAAAACUGAUUGGCGUGGGA